AUGAAGACCACAGUAAUAAAGAGAACAAUAAUCAUAUCUAUAGCAAUACUCUCUUUGCUAUAUUUUUCUUUGAAGCUCUUUUCCUCAACUUCAAAUACCAAUCUAACCUUGCAACAAGUCCUCAAUGAAAAUUAUUUAAACAGUAUACAACAAAACAACCAGCAAAACCAGCAACAGCAAAAGCAAACCGAAGAACUAACUAAAAAAUUAGAAGAUAUUGCUAACAAUUUGCUCGACAAACAGGAGCAAAGAAUCAAAGAAUUGGAGAAAGAUAGAAAAAACCUUGAAAGAAAGUUAAUGGAACUAAAAAGGCCUCCAGUUGAUUCGUCACUAAGAGAGAAAUUGGCUUUUUUAUUUCCUUAUGAUCAAAAUAGAAAAUUCCCAGCUUACAUUUGGCAAACGUGGAAAUAUGGUUUAAACGAUCAAAGAUUUGGCGACAAAUUUAAAGAAGGAGAAACUCAAUGGGCUGUUAAAAACCCCGGUUUUGUUCAUGAACUAUUCAAUGAUGAUACUUCUGCUGCGAUUAUACACCACCUUUACAUGAAUAUUCCUGAAAUUAUACAAGCAUACGAGUUAUUACCUUCUAUUAUUCUUAAGAUGGAUUUUUUUAGAUAUCUAUUGUUAUUUGCUAGAGGUGGUGUUUACGCCGAUGUUGAUACAUUGCCUUUACAAGCUGUUCCUAACUGGAUCCCUGAAAAUGUUUCUCCUAAUGAAAUUGGUUUAAUCAUUGGAAUUGAAAGUGAUCCUGAUACUCCUGAUUGGAGAAAGACAUAUGCGAGAAGAUUGCAGUUUUGUCAAUGGGCAAUCCAAGCAAAACCUGGCCACCCAAUUCUCAGAGAAAUUAUUGCUCAAAUCACAGAAUUUACUUUAGACAGAGCUAAGAUCAAUAAUUUAGAUUUAUCCACAAAGAAUACAAAUUUAGAUAUAAUGAGAUGGACUGGUGCAGGAGUAUGGACUGACGUUAUUUUCACCUACUUUAAUGACUACGUUCAAAGUGGUAUUUAUUCAAAAGUUACAUGGAAGGAUUUUACUAAAUUGGAAGUCCCAAAAUUAGUUUCUGAUGUAUUAGUUCUACCCAUUACUAGUUUUAGCCCUGGUAUUGGAAUAAUGGGCGCUAAAGAUGAAGAUGAUCCUUUGGCUUUUGUAAAACACUAUUUUGAAAACAUCUGGAAAGAAAGUUAA